AUGUUUUACAUUGAUUCUCAAAAGACUGUGACACGAAGAGAUAGUUCUUUGAUUUCGUCGUAUAUUUUAGAAAAAAACAGAGAUGAUUUAAGUUCUGUCCGAGAACAUUUAACAUCACGGCUUAUAAGCGAGUCUGCAGUUUCUGUAGGAAAUCGACCGGCGGGUUCAGUCAGAAAAGAAUUAAUCACUUCACUGUUUGAAUCGAUGCUCGAUAAUAUUGUGACUUCCUGGGAUGUAAUUGAACGUAAAACAGAAGAAUUUACUCUGGAUUUUGGAAAGAUUCCUAGCGAUGUAACAGUAAAGAAAAAGAAGUCGACUAUUAACAAGCAGCCGAAAGUAAAAAAAAGUCGAUCAGUAGUGGAACUAAGUGAUAGUAAAAGCGAUGUAAUACAAACUUGUUGGUGGUCAUCGCCAGACGAACGUGCCAUUAUUAAGUUCCGGAAUGGUUGCACAUAUGAAGGAAAUAUUUCAAUGAAAUGUAUGCAUGGUGAAGGUCGUUACCAGUGGGCAGACGGAACUGUAUACCUCGGUCAGUUUAAGAAUAACGAAAUAACUGGAAAGGGCACCAUUUAUUGGAAAGACGAUACAUGGUAUCAGGGCGAUUUCCAUGGCAACCUUCGACACGGGAAUGGACUGUAUGUUGAUUCUAGAAGUCAGCGCUCAUACGCCGGAAGAUGGCAUUAUGGCACAAAAGAUGGACAAGGAGUUAUUUAUUAUGAUGGCAGUUUUAAAAAUUCUUACGACGGAGAAUGGGUUUUAAACGAACGUCAUGGAUAUGGUUCCCGUGAAUAUUGUAAGAUUAGCGGUUAUAAAGGAGAAUGGAAUAAGUUUAUUAGAGAAGGAAAGGGUAUGAUGAUAUGGCCAAAUCACGACUUCUACAGAGGUGAAUGGAAAAAUGGUGUCAUGUCUGGUUAUGGAUUCUAUAUAUGGGAAGCUUAUUACAAUAAUUCCAUGUCUUUACCCUCGCUGUGUGCAUACCGCGGGUUUUGGGAAAGGGGAAAACGAAAUGGUUAUGGUAUAUUAAAUUUAGGUUUGGCACUGGGCUCUUAUUACAAAGGGGAAUUCAAAAACAACAAAAAGCAUGGAGUUGGAAAAUUCGUUACCAAUAACGGGCAGAUAUUUCAGCAUAAAAAAUUGUUUAUUGAUGAUAACAUGGGUUCAUUAAAUCGAGAUGACGAUGAAAGCGAUAUCGAUGAUAAGUGUGGACGCUUAGAAGAGCCCUAUUUGUUUGAUAUUUGCAACGAUUCCGUUGGUCUACUUUAUCACGUAGAACGUGUUAUAAAGAACAUUGACAGAAAACAAGAAAAUAUUAAUAGAAUUGUAAAUGAUUUUAUAGAAAUGAAUAAAAUCCAUUCAGUGUCUCACGGUCCUAAAGAUGAUAUUAUUGAUGAGUUAAAUGGAGACAGCUUUACUGAUUUAAUUGACUUUGAAAUUAGUUCUUUGUAUAAAUCAUUGAAAUGCUAUGAAACUGAUCUUAAAAAUAUAUAUUAUAAAUACGCAACCAUCUGUAACACUGAGGAGAUUAAUUUUAAACCAAUUCUUAUACGCUUAUACUUGUGGCAGUUGUACUACGAUUGUAACUUGCAUGAUAAAGGGUUGACCUUAGUUGAUAUUGAUAGGCUAUUUCACGAGAACCCCGAAUGGCUGUCUCGUAAGCCUCACAACCCUUUUGAAAAGAUUUACUUUUGGCAAUUCCAACACAGCCUAAUUUCAGUAGCUAGCAAAUUGUAUGCCAAAAGACAUUUACCAGGUAAGAAACCUGAUACUAUGUUGGCAAGUGCAUUUAGGCUUUUCAUGGAAAAGGAUAUUCUACCUGGCGCUGGUCGAAAAAGAGGGAGACUUGUAGGGGGGUGUGGUUCCUUUGUUCCUUUGAAAGACUUGUAUCAUUUAUAUCAGAGUUUAGGUGAACCAUGUACUGUAAGAACUUUUCUGUGUGCCACUCGACAUCCACCGCACUACGCAGACCAACCAAGUCUUGUUGAUUACGACUGUUCCAGUCUUGGUAGAAAUGCGUAUAUUUUUGGUGACGAAAUUUCAUAUAUUAUGGAAGACCCUACGGAGAUUCCGGAAACAACAAAAAAAGAUAACCUAAAGCUAUUCAACAUUGGAAAUUUAUCAAGCAAGACUAUAAUAAAGAUAUUUUCUUUUAUAUUUCCACAAAUAUCUGAAUUAAACAAAAUAAUGAAUUUGGACGUCGAAAUCACGUUUUUUGAGUUUUUUCAAGCUUUCAUAAUGUGUGUUGAGGAAAGUUUACGACUCUCUGAGCAGGAAGUGUGUCGUAAUGCUUCUGCACUCUUUUGA